AUGUCACCUCUCUUCACCAUUUCGAUCAGACCAGAGAAAAAAGCGGAAUCACUAGAAGUCCUGAUAGAUUCAGGUGCCACCUCAUCCUUCCUUCACCCCCGUACCGCGGAACUACUCCGCCUACCACUCAUUGAUCUCCCUACACCCCGUACCGUCACUAUGCUUGAUGGGUCAAGCCCCCAGGCUGGCAAAAUCUGGAAGAAGGCAGCCCUCACCUUCACCUAUGAUGGCAAACAAAUGACCGAGACGUUCCUGAUCUGCAAUACAGGAUCUCAUGCCGCCAUCUUAGGACUAAAAUGGCUAGACGCCCACAACCCAGAGAUUGAUUGGAACUUACGCACCCUAACCUUUCCCCACACUCCACCGGAACAAGUGGCCAUUGCCGAGGAGGAAGAAGCAGACAAGAACCCCCUUGAAGGAGUCCCCUCAAAGUACCAUCAAUACGCUAAAGUAUUUGGAGAGGAGGAAUUCAAUAAGCUUCCCCCUCAUCGGCAUUACAAUAUUGCCAUCAAACUCACGGAAGAAGGACCCUUGAACUCUCCACUGUAUAGCAUGACUGAUGCCGAAUCUGCUACACUGAGGGAUUGGCUCAGGGACAAACUCAAGGCAGGCAAAAUCCGCCCCAGCAAAUCUUCCAUCAGCUCUCCCGUAAUGUUUGUACCCAAGAAGGAUGGUUCCUGCCGUUUAGUUGUUGACUACCGCCGCUUGAAUAACCGGACCAAGAAAAACGUCUAUCCCCUACCCCGACCAGAUGACCUUAUGGCCCAGCUCCGUGGCGCCAAGGUCUUUACUAAGCUAGACCUAAGGUGGGGUUACAACAACGUCCGUGUUAGGGAAGAGGACGAAUGGAAAACUGCCUUCCGCACCAAGUAUGGCCUUUACAAGUCCCUGGUCAUGACUUUUGGCCUGACGAACGCACCCGCAGCUUUCCAACACUUUAUGAACAAGUUAUUCAAAGACUUGCUCGAUGUAUGCGUCAUCAUUUACCUUGAUGAUAUCCUUAUUUACUCCAAGGAUGACGCAUCACACACGCAACACGUUCAUGAGGUCCUAAAGCGGUUAAUGGAAAACCAGCUAUUCUGCAAGGCGUCAAAAUGUACCUUUCACGUCACCUCUGUGGAAUAUCUUGGGAUCAUUGUCUCCGAUAAGGGUUUUAGUCUGGAUAAGCUCAAAAUCCAGGCGGUUCAAGAAUGGCCGGUACCCACUAAGGUUAAGGAAGUUCAGUUGUUCCUAGGCUUUGCCAACUUCCUUUGUUGCUUUGUCGCCAACUUUAGCCACAUAGCCAGGCCGUUGCACAACCUUGUCAAGAAGGACAUACCCUGGAAAUGGGAAGUAAGGGAGCAGGAAGCAUUCCAAAAUCUAAAGGAUGCUAUUACCAACGCACCGGUAUUGUGCCACGCCAACCCCACCAAGCCGUACUUCCUUGAGACCAAUGCCUCAGGCGCAGCACUGGGUUCCAUUCUAAGCCAAAGACAGGAAGAUGGGCGUCUCCACCCACUAGGGUUCCUGUCAGAAUCCUUCAAAGGCGCCGAACAGAAUUACAAUACCCACGACAAGGAACUCCUGGCCAUCAUUUGGUCAUUUGAAUACUGGCGUAUCUUUCUGGAAGGGACCCUGCAUCCAAUCACCGUCUUCACGGAUCACCGGAACUUGGAAUACUGGAAGGAAUCUUGCACUUUCAAUCGCCGCCAUGCCCGAUGGCACCUACUACUGGCUGGCUAUAACUUCCAGAUUGUAUACAGACCCAGUAAACAGUCAGGGAAGCCAGAUGCACUGUCACGCCAAUCAGACCAUGCCGAUAUUCCCCCCGCGGAUCAAACCAUGAUCCCAGACCCCGUAUUCGCCAAUGUUGCCUUGGUUACACCAGAAAAGGAGCUACAACGCCAAAUCAAGGCUUCCCUGGAUCAAGAUGAGUCCCUGGAGGAAAUCCUCCAAUUCUUACAGAACAAGUCCAAAGCGCCCCCCUCCAUCAAACGCGCGUUCAAGGAUUAUGAAAUGGAGGCCAGUCUGCUGUUCUACCAAGGGCAAAUUGUAGUUCCGGACGUCGGAACACUAAGAACGGACCUACUCCGCAUUUUUCACGACAGCCCCUUGGCAGGACACCCAGGAAGACAGCGUACUCUAGAAUUGGUAUCAAGGAAUUACUACUGGCCAGGUAUCCGUUCAGACACAUAUUGGCAUGUGGACUCUUGUGAAACGUGUCAACGGAUCAGGAAGCCCAAGUACGCAUCUAUCCCACCUCAGCCUCUAGAGCUCCCUACUAGACCCUGGCAACACGUCUCUUACAACAUGAUUGUGGACUUGCCAAAGGACGGAAACCACAAUUCAAUCCUGGUCAUCAUCAAUAGCUUCACCAAGUAUGGGAUAUUUGUUAAAUGCUCCAAGAAACUAAAAGCACCGGAACUGGCAGAAUUGUUCCUGGAACACGUAUGGAAAAGGCACGGCAUGCCUGAGAAAACAGUUUCAGAUAGGGGAAGAGUGUUCAAUAACAAGUUCCUGAAGGCACUGUACAAACGCCUAGGAAUUGACCCCCACUUCUCCUCAGCGUAUCACCCCCAGAGCGAUGGUCAGACAGAACAAGUCAACCCUUCCAUUGAACACUUCCUAAGGGCCUACUCAGGUGUCAACCAACAGGACUGGACUAAAUGGCUCCCCAUGGCGGAGUUCGCGUACAAUAAUGCCGUACACAGUAGCACAGGCAAAACUCCUUUCAAGGCCUUAUACGGAUGGGAACCUACCUUAACCCCAUCCAACGUACCCACGGAUGUCCCAGAAGCGGAUGAACUUGCCCAAACAAUGGAGGCACAAUGGAAGGAGGUAGAAUCAGCCCUCCGGCAAGCCAAGCAACGGAUGACAGCCGGGGAAAGCGGAAGCCCAACGGAAUUUGAAAUUGGAGAGGAAGCUUGGCUUGACGCCAAGAAUGUCAACCUCAAAACCCUGAGUCCCAAGCUAACAGAACAACGCUUGGGACCGUUCAAGGUUACCGAGAAGAUCUCCGACCGUGCCUACCGGCUAGAACUUCCCCCAACAAUGCGCAUUCACAACGUAUUCUACAUUGGACUCCUAUCCAAGGUCAAAAGGGACAAUAAGCGUACCUUUGAAAACCGUCCACCACCAGUCACCGUGGACGGAGAAGAGGAAUAUGAGGUAGAAGGGAUCACUGAUGCCAAAGAAAGGGAUGGAAAAUGGUUCUUCCGGGUCAAAUGGAAGGGUUAUGGGUCCAAGGAAAACACAUGGGAGCCCCAAGAAAACUUGAAAAACGCCAAAAAAAAUUUUGGAAAAAUACGAAAAGGAAAUGAAAAAGAAGGCCCUCAACGCUGCCAAGGCCCUUAA